AUGGUAAAACUCAACGUCUACGGCCGCGGCCGAUCACUGCGGAUGGCUAUUAUGUUUACAUGCCAAUUAGCCUUUAUCUUCUUUGGCUAUGAUCAAGGCGUCUUCUCAGGAAUCGUAGGAAACGAAGAUUUCCUCAACGUGGUUCACCACCCAAGCGCUGGAAUCCUGGGUAUCAUAGUAUCGAUAUACAAUUUGGGCUGUUUCACCGGAACGAUAGUAUCAUUUGUGAUAAGUGACCGAAUUGGACCGCGGAAAUCAAUGUGGUUUGCUAUGGUGUGGAUUAUUGUUGGUGCAACAUUACAAACAACUUCAUUCUCAAGGUCCCAGCUACUUGUUGCGCGCUUUAUCACUGGUAUAGGUACAGGUAUCGAAACCACCGUCGUACCAGUGUACCAAUCCGAGCUAUGCGAAGCCAAGAAACGCGGAAAAUACGUCUGCAGCGAGCCGCUCUUUGUUGGCGUUGGGAUUGUAAUUGCUUACUGGUUUGAUUACGGCAUGAGCUAUGUUGAUGGGGCUAUCAAUUGGCGAUUGCCGGUUGCUUGCCAGAUGAUUUUUGCUAUUAUGGUUAUCUUGUUAGUCUUUGGUCUGCCUGAAAGUCCCAGAUGGCUCUACCGACACAACAAACCAGAUGAAGCUCUCCAGGUCCCAUGUGAUAUCUAUGACAGGGGACCCGAGGAUGGGAAAGUCGUCUCUGAGUCUGAGGGAAUUAUCCAGGCUAUCCAGCUUGAGACUCUACAUGGCGAAUAUAAAUGGUCGCAGACCCUCAAGCGGGAUGAGGUGCAGACUGGUCGACGGGUGUUGCUGGCUUAUGGAAUUCAGUUUAUGAAUCAGAUGGGAGGAAUCAACUUGGUUGUAUACUACGUGACUUCUGUCCUCGAAUACAACGUCGGCCUAACCCGCAAGCUAAGUCUCCUUCUAGGGGGAGUAAUCCAGAUCAUGUUUGUGAUCGGUUCCUUCUACCCAACAUUCUUCUCAGACCGCUUCGGCCGCCGCAAGCCCAUGAUGUGGGGAUCUUUCGGACUGUUCAUCUCAAUGAUGAUGAUCUCGAUUUUGCUCUCAUUCAAGGGAACCUCAGUCGAAAAACCAACAGCAACAGCAUCCGUCGCUUUCUUCUUCCUCUUCAUGCUAAUUUUUGGUGCAUCGGUGAAUUGUAUUCCGUGGGUAUACGGACCAGAGAUUCUGCCUCUGCAUGUUCGCGCUAAGGGCCAAGCAAUCGGAAUCUCAGCAAACUGGCUUUGGAACUUCUUCGUGGUAAUGAUAACGCCAACUUUAAUCCAGAAUUUGGCCUGGAAGGGAUACUUAAUUUUCAUGUGUUUGAAUUUGGUUUUCGUUCCGAUAAUCUACUUCUUCUACCCCGAGACGGCAAAUCUUACGCUCGAGGAGAUUGACUUCCUGUUCACGGAUCGGGCGAGAUAUCCUUCUAUCGCCGGGUCGCAGUCCGCUAGGGGUGGGGAUGUUCAGGUGGAUGGUGCGGAUGGGAACGAGAUUGAGAAAGACGGAAGUGGAAGUGCUGGGGGAAGUGUCAGCCACGAUGAAGUGAGGGUUGGUGCCGGAGGGAAGGAGUGA